UAGUCUUCCUUGCUAGUAGUAGCUAGCCUGACAUUGCUAGGUUGCUGGCAAAAAGAUAAAAAAGAAAAACGAUGGUGGCGGAUAAUUUCAGUGGUGUUAGUUGUGGGUGGAGAGAGAUGAAGAGCUUUGGGUUGAACCUGAUUAUGGGAAGGUGGUUCAUGGUCUUUGCUUCACUGCUUAUCAUGUCCGUAUCUGGUGCAGCAUAUAUUUUUGGUCUAUAUUCAAAUGUUAUUAAAAAAUCUUUGGGAUACGACCAAACUACUCUCAAUCUGCUAAGCUUUUCCAAGGACUUGGGUGGCAACGUUGGGAUACUGUCAGGGCUCAUCAAUGAGGUAACACCGCCGUCGGUGGUUCUCUUGAUUGGGGCAGUCAUGAAUUUUUUUGGCUAUUUCAUGAUAUGGCUUGCAGUCACCGGCCGCACGGCCAAACCCCAAGUGUGGCAAAUGUGUGCAUACAUCUGCUUAGGUGCGAAUUCACAGGCCUUUGCCAAUACUGGGGCACUUGUCACUUCGGUUAAAAACUUCCCUGAAAGCAGGGGAAGUGUUUUAGGCCUGUUGAAAUCUUAUGUUGGUCUAAGUGGUGCAAUCCUGACACAGCUGUACCAUGCUUUCUAUGGAGACAACGCAAAGGCUCUUAUCUUGCUAAUAGCUUGGCUUCCUGCUGCUGUUUCCUUUGUCUUUCUUCGAACGAUUCGGAUUAUAAAGAUCGUUCGCCAGACAAACGAGCUCAGAGUUUUCUAUAACAUUUUUUUCAUUUCUCUUAGCCUUGCUGGUUUCCUUAUGGUGCUAAUUAUCAUACAAAGCAGGCUAAGUUUCAACAGAAUUGAGUACGUAGGAAGUUCUUCUGUUGUUACUAUAUUGCUGUUUUUUCCACUCGCUGUCGUUGUGAGAGAGGACUUCAAGAUUUGGAAAAGAAAGAAACAAGCGUUGAAUGAUGUUUCUCAGAUGAAAGUAGUGACAGAAAAUCCAACAACUGUUGAAUUAGCACCACAAACAGUGACAGUAGAACCACUGCUACAACCUACCGGAGAUUCAAAAGGUCCAGAGAAGCAUGUUGGUUGCAUGGAAAACAUUUUCAAGCCACCAGAUAGAGGUGAAGACUACACUAUAUUGCAAGCACUGUUCAGCAUUGACAUGUUGAUUAUCUUCAUUGCGACAACAUGUGGUGUUGGAGGAACAUUGACAGCCAUCGACAACUUGGGGCAGAUUGGUAACUCAUUAGGCUACCCAAGUCGUAGUAUAACCACCUUUGUUUCACUUGUAAGUAUAUGGAAUUACCUUGGACGAUCAGUGGCUGGUUUUGCUUCUGAAUACUUGUUGACAAAAUACAAGAUGCCAAGGCCAUUGCUGUUCACUUUCAUGAUUCUCUUUUCUUGUGUUGGCCAUCUUCUGAUUGCCUUUGCAGUCCCAAAUUCCCUCUACUUUGCUUCAGUGAUUAUUGGAUUCUGCUUUGGAGCACAAUGGCCCUUAUUGUAUGCCAUCAUCUCUGAAAUUUUUGGCCUUAAAUACUACUCCACAUUAUACAAUUUUGGUUCUAUGGCUAGUCCAGUUGGUUCUUACAUUCUAAAUGUUAGAGUGGCCGGUCAUUUAUAUGAUAAAGAGGCUUUGAAGCAAAUGAAAGCUUUGGGUCGUACAAGGAAACCAGGACAGGACUUGACUUGCACUGGAGGGCAGUGUUACAGAAUGGCCUUUUUAAUAAUCAUAGCCACCAACUUGUUUGGAUUCAUUGUUUCUUGUAUUUUGGUUUUUAGGACCAGAAAGUUCUACAAAAGUGACAUCUACAAGAAAUUCAGGGAAGAAGCAGAAGCUGCGGAAACAAGCAUGACUUCAACUUUAAAACAAGUUGGCUCGAAAGCUACUACAGAUGCUGCAACCACCACAACUACCUCAGCCAACUAACCCAAAGUUAUUAAAAAUUUACAUAUAUGAGAAAAUUGGGGAGAGAAUUUCACUUAUUUCAGCUUGUGUUAUUGUGUUUUUCCUUCUUUUUUCCCCUAUAAUGAUGGGAAGCAUAGCCUUUUGCAAGAUCCAAGGUUCAAUCUUGAACUUGUAUCAACUCCUUCCCCGAA